AUGAUAACCAACGUUUCGGAAAUCUUUGAUAUCGAUGAAGAAGAAGAGGAGGAGAAGAAAACCCCUGAGGAUCGGAAACGGGUGUUUAGGAAAGAAUUGAGUUCUAUGCUAUACGGGUUUGGGGAUGUAAAGGUAGGUUUUAUUUAAGGUAUUGUGUACUGGAUGAUUUUAGGAGACUGACGAAUCUACAUUGGAAACCCUCGAAAAAAUUGUAAUGGACUACAUUGAACGGUUGUGUAAGAAGGCGUUGAAAGUGGGGAAAGGUAAUCGAUUGGGAUUGGAUGACAUCUACUACCUCAUCAGGAGAGAUCGCAAGAAAUUCUCCAGGGUUCGUGAACUUUUAUCGAUGAGCGAAGAGCUGAAGAAGGCCAGGCGAGCCUUUGACGAUGCCAAAGAGAUCUAG